CCGCCCGACCUCAGGUCACGGCGCCAGCCAGAUCCGGCUCCACGUCGGCGUCUCUCUUGCAGCGGAGGUAACCAAAAACCAGCCAAAAUUGCUUCCUUUCUGAGCUUCAAGCAGUCCUUCACUGCUAAUGUCUCCAAUUUGAAAAGAAGGUUCAGCUCAGGUGACCUCGCCUCAGAAUACGAGGAUGGUGACGAGGUGCGCCAGCGGCAGGCGGACGUGGUGGGCCAGCCGGCCGCGGCGCCCACCUCCUCCGGGCCCGCGCCCCAGCAGCAGCAGCACCAUCAGCAGCAGGGGCCGCCCCCGCAGCAUCAGCAGCACCAGCAGCCGCAGCAGGAGGGCUCUGGGUUCAGCUUCGGCACGUUCCGGCCAGGCGGGCGCACCACGUCGGCGCCCAGCAGCCCCAGCAAGACACGCGAGUCUUUCCUGCAGCGCGUACAGAGUCUCACCUCGGGUGUCACCAGGCCGGACGGACCCUUGCGCCAGACAUUCAACAAGGACCGCUGCUUCACACUGCUGGUCAUAGACGACCAGAACACGGACUGGUCGAAGUACUUCAAGGGGCGCCAGAUCCAUGGCGACUACGACAUCCGUGUGGAGCAGGCCGAGUUCGGCGAGAUCUCGGUCAGCGGCAGCACCGAGGCCGGCACCCACGUCACCAUGGUCGUCUACCGCGGAGGCACCCGGGUCGUCAGAUCUUUCAAGCCACACUUCGUAUUGGUCCGGCAAAACUUGCGCGACGCUUCCGAGGACCACAAGAAUCUGCUGCUGGGCUUCAAAUACGGGGAUAUCCCAUCAAUCAACAGCCUUCAAUCAAUCUACAACUUCCAGGACAAGCCGUGGGUGUUUGCCCACCUACUGCAGCUGCAGAGGAGGCUCGGCAAGGAGGCGUUCCCACUCAUUGAUCAGGCUUACUUCCCAAAUCACAAAGACAUGUUGUCAAACACCAAGUUCCCGGUGGUCUUCAAGGUCGGCCACGCUCACAACGGCGCCGGGAAGGUGCGCGUCGAGUCUCCGAACGCCUUCCAGGACAUGGCGUCCGUGGUGGGCGUGUCGGGCGUCUACUGCACCACCGAGCCUUUCAUCGACGCCAAAUAUGACCUGCAUAUCCAGAAGAUCGGCAACAACUACAAGGCGUUCAUGCGCAAGUCAAUCAGCGGCAACUGGAAGACGAACGUAGGCUCGGCGAUGCUGGAGCAGCAGCCGCUGACGGAGCGCCACCGCAGCUGGAUCAGCGCCGUGGCCCAGCUGUUUGGCGGCCUCGACAUCUGCGCCCUGGAGGCCGUGGUCGGCAAGGACGGCCGCGAGCACAUCAUCGAGGUGAACGACUCGGCCCUGACGCUGAUGGGCGACUCGCAGGAGGAGGACCGCCGUCACAUCGCCGACCUCGUCUGCGCCAAGAUGCAGCACUGCUGUAAGCCCGCCGGCGCUCCGGGUCCGGAGGAGCCGCCGGCCACCUCCGCGCCCAACGGCUCCACGCUGGCCAACGAGUCGCCCUCGCCGGGCAAGCGGCGUGACUCGCAGGCGUCGCAGGCCAGCAGCUCGGUGAGCGGCGUGAGCAGCCCCAGCGCCGGCCGCACCAUCCAGCAGACCUCCAGCGUGGACGCCAGCCGCACCGGCCUGUUCGGCCGCCAGGGCUCCGUCUCGCAGGGCGACAAGGACGACACGGAAGACACCAUGACCAACCUGCGGAAAACGUUCGCCGGCAUAUUUGGCGACAUGUAAUGCACGGGCCCGCGCCGUGCCCCCUAGAAAAAGUGCCACUGCGCGCAUGCUGGUGACCACGCUAGGUUCCCGCCUUGUUUCGGACGGCAGUUUCCUGGAGUGGCGCUUCUUUUUGUGGAGUUUUUACACGAUACUGACGGACAAGGAGGCAGUUUAUAUCCACUUGCAAUUGGUUCCUUGGUGGAGCUUUCGAUGCCAGUCACCUGUCUGAAGAGUUGCAUUCAUUUUUAGUACCCCUCUCAUGCGAUGGUAUCACAUUGAGCCAUUCGACUGUCUCUCCGUUUAAUGGCAUAUCUAAAGGGCUGCAGAACAAUGCAGCCCACACUCCCUUCUAGCCCAGUGCCCUCAAGGCGUCAGCGAAAUUGAGAAAGACGGCGGCUUAGCUCGGCCAGUCUCCGCCGGAAUUCCAGCAGUUGCAUGCGGUACCCACGCGAUUAACGGACCGCCAGCCGCGGCUCGCGGCCCGAGGAAACCGUUGCACUAUCCCCACCACACCGCACGGCUGGCGGAAUCGCAAGACACGUGGUCUUGGUGCCUCCGAUGCCGAUCACGUCAUCAGUGAUGGGUCGAAUCAGCACUCCGUGAUAUACGAACAGCUUUACAUUCAUUUUGAAGGUCUGGUAGAACCAUUUGGGCACAGCGUGAUGUCUGCUUAUCCUCGCGCCUUAGUUACAAAAUGCCAUUGAACGCUGUUUUGUGGUAACGCUCUGCGAAGAUCCUGGUACAAUCAUAAGGGAGCCGUUCCAGCUAAGCCGUCAUUCAUGACCUUGUAACUUCCCAUGCCAUCAACUGCCAACACCCACCUGGUGAGAAUUAUCGUGCUCUGAGGUUACAACCCGAAUUUCUGAGAAAGAUUGGAACAGAGCGAUGUUUUGUACAAUGGCAACACACGACAGCUGCAUGCUUUGGGAACUCAUGGCACAUAUGGCUCUGGCUUCAGGGUUUGAUCUCCAUCGCAAGGUGACUACGCAUCCUUUUCGGAAGUUCAAGUGCUACCACGAGAUCGUAAGCACACAUGCCCUUUGCCUGUUGACCAUCGGUCUGGGAUUGAUCGACGGCAACUAUUACUUUACGGCUGCCCGUUUUCAAUAGUUUGCCUACCUUUGAGUGGCGGGCGUUUAGUUUUGGCAACAGCAGCAUUAGAGUAUGCUGUGAUGUCUGAGAAAGUCAGGGGUAUGCCUGACUUGGAAAAGUGCCGAUCUUGCACGUUUCCCCGCCCGAAAAUAAUAUCUGCUAUUCCUUCGAGCACAAACCCCUGCCGCAAAACAGUCAAGUGCUCAUAUGAUGAACAGAUAAAUUAAAGUGUGUACACAAGUCAUUAGCAGGGGCGAUGUAAAAGCAGUACGAAUAUGAGAACCGUUUCGGGACCCCUACAUAUCAAGAGCGUAUAGGUUAUGGUGGCUGUCCCCAACACUGACAUCGUGCGAUUUCCUUUGCUUUUAAAGGGAGAAUAUAGAAAAGUAAAAUUUCCAACGUGCUCGUCACACACGUGAAUCUGAUUUUUCAGACAUCAUGGACUGGAGGUAGAAUCUCAAUCGCCAGCUUCCUUCAGUUUAAGGCCAUGCCAUUCUUUAUACUUACGUUUGCUGGCGACAUCAUGCGGAAUCGUCUUUUGUCUUUCAUGGUUGAGAUUACUGUGGUAGGUGGCCACGCACGGACGUCUGUCGCUGGCACCAUCCACAUUUACUUUGGAUGGCACAUACAUGGGGGUGGACUGAUACCUCGUUGAGAAGGGAAAUGGUUAUUCGGUCGGCAAUAAAUCCCUUUAUUUCUGUGAUGCAUAAGCUAUGGCUGCACCCAACGAAACAAGUAAGUGUUGUUUUGGUGCACGCCUGAUGUUCCUCUAUCCGAAGGCAGCAGAUAAUUAUGCUGAUAUGUCCUGAUCACAUUAAGUGUCCGGACUGUAUCAGGCGGCUUACUUUCCUUAGCGUUUUGACAGGCUAUGAAUUCGUAAGGCCGGGCGGCGUCGGGAUGCAUGGUACCCUUGAUUUUGUGUUCCGCCCACAACUCUUUUACAACCAUGUGGAUCAGGAGGCUGAUAUCACUUUUUUCCGGCUGAUUUUGUGUAUGGCACGAUCAGCGGUGCUCAGGCUUAACGUUUUACAUUUUGUCCAUCAAUCUCGCUCCCAAAUAACAUUUUCCUGUUGGUUCGUGGUUUCCACUUCAUAAUAUUUCAGUACUUUCCGAGGAAUAUGUGGUUUACCGUAGACACCUGACCCGUCAUGCCGCCCCAUGGAAGGCUUCCAGCCGAAUCAUCACCUCUACCCAAGAGCCGCUCACAGCAGCGCUCUCCCCGCGCAGCCUGGCGCGUCCCCGCUGCUUCUCGUGGGAAAAAUUGCCAACACCUGCGACCUUGACCUCUCGUGGUACCCAACGGGCGCGGAACACGACACGCCUUUUAUUGUUCGGCGAGUGGCUUUACCGAUGCCGGGUGCAUGCUUUGUACGUGUGUAGCUGUUAGGUCGCCUUGCGCUGAAGCACGGUGCUCGCAUUGUUUACUCCGCCGUUGGCUGUUCUGUGUCUUUCCUUCCGCGACCGCCCAGCUGCCGUGAAGAGGUUCUCUCGCGCCGGUCAUGGCCAUGGCGGAGGGCUCUUCUGGCGCGAGCCCCCGACCCAGCCGGCGCGAAGGGCCCUCCAGCGCGAGCUCAAUCUGCGGCCGCCAACCCAGCCCAGCGCGUGCGGAGGCCUCGUCCCGGGCGAGCCCCGACCGUCGGGCGAGGGGAGCCUCUCUCGCGCGAGCCCGGACCAGCUGGAGCGCUGGGCGGCAGCGUUCUCCCCUCCCCAGCGCUCAGCUCCUCAGCCGCGGGCGGCGCGCCUCCGAAGGGGCGCCGCCCGCCCGCGGCCCUCGCCCCAUGUAUGUCGUCUGUACAUGCCGAGCCGGCUCCUCUGUGUCGAUCUCUACUGUCUGUGCGUGUCGUCCGCGAGUCGGAUU